GCAAUUGUACUCGUCCUGCCUUUCUGAAGCUUUAUGAACCUCGCGCUGAGUUCGUGUGAGGUGAAGUGUGCUGUGCUGGUGGUUGCUGAUUUACUCCUCGGACCCAGUUGUCUUUAUUCAUAUUUUUCGGGUGUCUUUUAUGAGUAAUCAAAAGCAGCAGAAGCCAACGCUAACCGGCCAGCGUUUUAAGACUCGAAAGAGAGAUGAAAAGGAGAGGUUUGACCCUACACAGUUUCAGGAGAGCAUUGUACAAGGAUUAAAUCAAACCGGCACCGAUUUAGAUGCUCUUGCCAAGUUUCUAGAUUCCUCUGGAGCCAAGCUCGAUUAUCGUCGCUAUGCAGAGACCCUGUUUGAUAUCCUGGUGGCUGGUGGAAUGCUGGCUCCGGGAGGUGCCUUAUCCGACGACAUGACUCGGACUAAUUUCUGUCUUUUCACCGCACCAGAAGAUGUUAAGACCAUGAAAGCAUAUGCUCAGGUUUUUAACAAGUUAAUCCGGCGUUACAAGUACCUGGAGAAAGGUUUUGAAGAGGAGAUUAAAAAGCUGCUCCUGUUUUUAAAAGGGUUCAGUGAGUCGGAGCGUAACAAGCUUGCCAUGCUCACUGCCAUUUUACUGGCUAAUGGUAGCCUAUCAGCUUCAAUCCUUAGCAGCCUCUUUAAUGACAACUUGGUCAAAGAAGGUGUGUCUCCGGCCUUUGCUGUAAAGCUGUUUAAAACGUGGAUCAGUGAGAAGGACAUUAACUCUGUGGCUGCCAGUCUGCGUAAGGUUAGCAUGGACAACAGGUUGAUGGAGCUGUUUCCAGUGAACAAGCGAAGCUAUGACCACUUCUCAAAAUACUUUACAGAUGCUGGGCUUAAGGCGCUCUCUGAUUUUGCACGCAACCAGCAGUCGUUAGGCGCUCGCAAGGAGCUUCAGAAAGAGCUCCAAGAGCAGAUGUCUCAAGGGGUUUCUUUUAAAGAGAUCGUUGUGUAUGGCAAGGAAGAAAUGAAGAAGAGCGGUAUCUCUGAGCAGAUGAUGAUUGGUAUCAUGUGGACCAGUGUCAUGAGCUCAGUUGAAUGGAAUAAGAAAGAGGAACUGGUCACUGAACAAGCCAUUAAACACUUGAAGCAACACAGCCCCCUCCUGAAGGCCUUCACCACACAGGGCCUGUCUGAGCUCACUCUGCUGCUAAGAGUUCAAGAGUACUGUUAUGACAACAUACACUUCAUGAAAGCCUUCCAGAAGAUCGUUUUGCUGCUCUAUAAAGUGGAUGUUUUAAGUGAAGAGGCUGUUCUUAAGUGGUAUACUGAAGCUCACCUAGCCAAAGGAAAGAGUGUCUUCCUGGAGCAGAUGAAGAAGUUUGUGGAAUGGUUGAAAAAUGCUGAAGAGGAAUCUGAGUCUGAAGAGGAAACUGACUGAGACUGAAGCCAGGAUGCUUCGUUCUGAAAUGAGAAACGAAGUUCUGAUUGUUCUUUUGUAGUAAAGUUGCCUUGUCUAGCUAACAUGACCUGUUUUUAAAGUCUUUUUAAGCAAGAAUUGUUACCUUUUGAGGGUUGCAGUCAUUUUCAAAGAAUAAGCCAUUUAAUAACUUGUUUAAAUGCCUUAAGGUAUUUGAAAUUGUUCUGGAUGUUUAUGCACCGUAUCACCAUUGUGACUUAACUUUUUGUCUUGACUUCUAUAAAAUAAAGAAUAUUGUUCAA